CCGCCCGCUCGCUUCCCCACCCCUCCCCGCAGCUGCGGCCGCGCUGGCCGGCCCGGGACCCGUUCGCGUCCCCGCGUCCAGCCCGGCGGGCCGACGCGCGCCCGCGCCCCGCCCCCGCCGACACUUGACCCUGCCCAGUCCCAACGCCCAGUGCGGCGGCCACCUCAGGAGCUGCGGGAGACGCGGCGGCCGCUGAGGCCCGCGCCUGCAGCCCGCCUCGGGGCUCGCCGGGGCCCUGGUUCCUCCUCGGCGUACUUUGCGAAAAUUAUCCUUGACGGAAGUAUUUUAAAAGAAAAACCUUCAGCAUGGCCUCAGCAGUACUUAGUUCCGUUCCCACUACUGCUUCUCGUUUUGCCUUGUUACAAGUAGAUAGUGGCAGUGGUUCUGAUUCUGAGCCUGGAAAAGGCAAAGGCCGGAAUUCUGGGAAGUCUCAGGCUUUGGGAAGCAAAUCAACUACAAAUGAGAAAAAAAGAGAGAAAAGAAGGAAAAAGAAGGAACAGCAGCAGAGUGAAGCAAAUGAGCUCAGGAAUCUUGCAUUUAAGAAAAUUCCCCAGAAAUCUUCCCAUGCCAUUUGUAACACUCAACAUGAGCUUUCACUGUCAAACCCAGUACAGAAGGAGUCACGGGAAGAAAACUGGCAGGAGUGGAGACAAAGAGAUGAGCAGGAAAAAAACAUACUAAGCCUGGAAUGUACUCCAGGAGAUACCCUGACAUCUGAAAUGUUUGAAGCAGAUCUUGAGAAGGCCCUGUUGCUAAGUAAAUUAGAGUACGAAGAACACAAAAAGGAGUAUGAAAAUUCUGAAAAUGUUUCAACUCAGUCAAAAGUUAUGAAUAAAAAAGAUAAAAAAAAGAACCAUCAGGGAAAAGAUAAACCUCUCACAGUAUCACUAAAAGAUUUUCAAUCAGAAGAUCACAUUAGUAAAAAGACUGAGGAAUUGAGUUCUUCUCAGACUUUAUCACAUGAUGGAGGAUUCUUCAAUAGACUGGAAGAUGAUGUUCAUAAAAUUCUUAUUAGAGAAAAAAGAAGAGAACAGCUUACAGACUAUAAUGGAACAGAUAAUUGCACAGCUCAUGAACACAACCAGGAAGUGGUUUUGAAAGAUGGAAGAAUUGAAAGACUAAAGUUGGAACUUGAAAGGAAAGAUGCUGAAAUCCAGAAGCUGAAAAAUGUGAUCACUCAGUGGGAGGCAAAGUAUAAAGAAGUAAAGGCAAGAAAUGCACAGUUAUUGAAAAUGCUUCAGGAAGGUGAAAUGAAAGAUAAAGCAGAAAUACUGCUGCAAGUUGAUGAAUCGCAAAGUAUCAAGAAUGAGCUAACUGUACAGGUGACAUCACUUCAUGCUGCAUUAGAACAAGAGAGGUCUAAAGUAAAAGUAUUGCAAGCAGAAUUAGCCAAAUACCAGGGUGGCAGAAAGGGGAAAAGAAACUCUGAAUCUGACCAGUGUAGGUGAUUUCAUUAGCUUUUGAAGUCAACACAAAAACUAACACUUUCAGGGUUUUACAAAAAUGUAUAUAUUUAAUGCCGUGCAACUGCUAAACUAUGCAGUUUUUGUUGAAGGAAUUAAAAGCAACUAGCUCACUAACAGUCUAGAAUUGUAUGUUCUUUUGGCUUAAAGUAAAAAGAAAAAAUAGAGAAUUCCAGCAGAACUCAAUGAUUAUUGUUUACUAUCCAUCCUUAUCACCUUAGUUUUUCAUCAGUCAAUAAAAUAAUUUACUCUUCCA